CUGCUCCCGCGGGGCCCGAGGGACGGUUCUCGCGCGCCUAGGCCGCAGCGCAUGCGCAGGAGCCAGGACUUGAUUUCUACUCGGCCGAAAGCGGAAUCUCUUCCUUAGGUGUCGCUUCCGGGACGCCAAGGUCGGUUCCGUAGUGGUGGAGAUCCGCUCUUUCGGUCUCUUUCGCACUCUUGAUCGGCCCCGACGCCGUUUAUUUGGCCGGCGGGCCCUGGUGGGAGCGCCCCGCCCCCUCUCCAGUCCUCUCGCGGGAGAGCGCGCGUCGUAUCCCAGCAAACCAAUCAGCGCCGGCAUUAGGGGGGCCAUGUCGGAGUCGGGGCACAGUCAGCCAGGGCUCUACGGAAUGGAGCGGCGGCGGCGGUGGAAGGAGCCAGGCUCCAUCGGCCCCCAGAAUCUCUCCGGGCCUGGCGGCCGGGAGAGAGACUACCUUGCACCUUGGGAGAGAGAGAGGCGGGACGCCAGUGAGGACUCGAGCGCGGCCCUCAUGCAGAAGACGCCCAUCAUCCUGUCCAAGCCCCCAGCCGAGCGGUCCAAGCAGCCGCCCCCACCUGCGGUCCCCGCCUUGCCCCCUGCCCCCGCCCCCCUGGAGAAGCCCAUCGUGCUCAUGAAGGCCCGGGAUGAGGGGAAGGGGCCCCCCACCACGGGCGCCCCCACCCCCGAGGGCGCUGCCCCGCCCCCCGCCGCCGCCCCAGCGCCACCCAAGGGAGAGAAGGAGGGGCAGAGACCCACGCAGCCCGUGUACCAGAUCCAGAACCGCGGCAUGGGCACGGCCGCCCCCACCGCCAUGGACCCUGUCGUGGGCCAGGCCAAACUGCUGCCCCCUGAGCGCAUGAAGCACAGCAUCAAGCUGGUGGAUGACCAGAUGAACUGGUGUGACAGUGCCAUCGAGUACCUGCUGGAUCACACCGACAUGCUAGUGGUCGGGGUCCUGGGUCUCCAGGGGACAGGCAAGUCCAUGGUGAUGUCCCUGUUGUCAGGCAACACGCCAGAGGAAGAUCAGAGGGCCUACGUGUUCCGGGCCCAGAGCGCUGAGAUGAAGGAACGAGGGGGCAACCAGACCAGCGGCAUCGACUUCUUCAUCACACAGGAGCGGAUCGUGUUCCUGGACACACAGCCCAUCCUGAGCCCCUCCAUCCUGGACCACCUCAUCAACAACGACCGCAAGCUGCCCCCCGAGUACAACCUUCCCCACACCUAUGUUGAGAUGCAGUCCCUGCAGAUCGCUGCCUUCCUCUUCACUGUCUGCCAUGUGGUGAUUGUGGUCCAGGACUGGUUCACAGACCUCAGUCUGUACAGAUUCCUGCAAACGGCGGAGAUGGUGAAGCCCUCUACCCCGUCGCCCAGCCAUGAGUCCAGCAGCUCUGCGGGCUCCGAGGAAGGCACCGAGUACUACCCACACCUAGUCUUUCUGCAGAACAAGGCUCGUCGGGAGGACUUCUGCCCCCGGAAGCUGCGCCAGAUGCACCUGAUGAUCGACCAGCUCAUGGCCCACUCCCACCUGCGGUACAAGGGGACCCUGUCCAUGCUCCAAUGCAACGUCUUCCCGGGACUGCCGCCCGACUUCCUGGACUCCGAGGUCAACCUGUUCCUUGUGCCUUUCAUGGACAGCGAGGCAGAGAGCGAGAACCCGCCCAGAGCAGGGCCUGGUUCCAGCCCACUUUUCUCCCUGCUGCCUGGGUACCGGGGCCACCCCAGUUUCCAGUCCUUGGUGAGCAAGCUCCGGAGUCAGGUGAUGUCCAUGGCUCGGCCACAGCUGUCCCACACCAUCCUCACCGAGAAGAACUGGUUCCACUACGCCGCCCGCAUUUGGGACGGGGUGAAGAAGUCCUCCGCCCUGGCAGAGUACAGCCGCCUGCUGGCCUGAGACCCAGGG